AUGUCGCACCUGGAUGGCAUGAUGGUGAUGCAAGAGAAAAUGAUCAUCUUUAUCAAGGAUGUUCAUCCUUAUAGUGAAGUGGAGAAGCUGCAGAAGUACAAGAGCCCCAUAAUUUCUGCCAUAUCAGUAGAGAGAGGACUGAAGAAAAGAAAAGAUACCUUCCUUGCUGCCUUAGUGGAGGUAAAGCCUAAUGUGAAAGUUGAUGCUCCUGAGUGUGUGGCACAUGUUUUGGAGGAUUUCAAAGUUGUUAUGCCCCUAAAACUCCUUAAAAUAUUGCCGCCUAGAAGGGACAUCGAUCAUAAGAUCGAGUUGCUGCUGGGAUCGAUUGCUUCAGCGCAAGCACCCUAUCGGAUGUCUCCCAAGAAGUUGACUGAGUUGAGGAAACAACUGAAUGAGUUGUUAGAUACAGGCCUAAUUCAACCAUCAAAAGCUUCAUAUGAAACAAGUGCGCAUGGACCCAAAGAAGUGCAGGCAAUUGUGGAUUGGCAGGGUCCUAAAGGUGUGAAGGACUUGAGGUCUUUCCUUGGGUUGGCUAAUUAUUAUCGUAAAUUCAUAGCAGGAUAUUCAAAGAAGGCGGCUUCCUUGAUGGAUUUGCUGAAGAAAGAUGUAUUAUGGGUGUGGUCUGAUAAGCAUGAUAGUGCAUUCAAGAUGUUGAAGGAGGUCAUUGCAUCAGAACCUAUACUAAGGUUGUCGGACUUUGAGUUACCGUUCGAAGUACACACUAAUGCUUCGAACAAGGAUGUGGGAGGUGUGUUGGUGCAAGAAGGGCACCCCGUGGCUUUUGAAAGUAGGAAAUUAAAUAAUGCUGAGAAGAGGUACUCUACUCACGAGAAGGAAAUGGUUGCCGUUGAGCACAGGCCAAGAAGAAGCAAUCAGGUUGCUGAUGCUCUGAGUCGAAAGAAGAGUGUUGAAUGGAUGCUAGCAUUACUGUCUAGGGAAUACUUCUGGCCGAACAUGGAGGAUGAUAUGGAAGAAUAUGUAAAAACUUGUCUAGUGUGUCAACUAGACAAGACUGAACUCACAAAGGAGGCAGGGUUGCUGCAGCCUCUUCCUAUUUCUAAGAGGCCAUGGAUGUCAGUUUCUAUGGACUUUAUUGGCAGAUUCCCUAAGAUUACAAGUAAGUUUAGACAUCAUGGUUUGAUCCCAAAGUAUGAUGGGACGUUUGAAGUUAUCCAGAAGGUUGGCGAAGUUUCUUAUAGGUUGAAGCUACCUGAAAGGUUGAAGCUUCACCCAACUUUCCAUGUAAGUUUUCUGAAGCCGUUCUAUGAGGAUGCUGAAGAUUCAGAAAGGAAUCAAUCAAAGAGGGCUCCAGCUUUGGUGCGCACAUAG